AUGAUUUUGUAUGUAGUAACAUGGCUCAUUUUAUCACUAUGUUACUGCGUUACCGCUCUUCAACUAGAAUAUUUUCCCGGUACGCAACCUUACCAUCAAACAGGCUCUCGAUUUAAUAAUACCGGUUGGAUAACUACCACCCAAGAUGCAUCGGAAAGAUAUCUUACAUAUGGACCCUAUACAACAGAGUGGAAUACUACAGUGCCGUCACGUGUUGAUUUUUAUCUUGGAGUCGAUAAUGACACAGCUGAUCCAUUGAUUUUAUUAACUGUAGAAGUCAAUGACGCUGAUACGAAUUAUACAUUAACAAGUAGAAAUAUUUCAAGACUUGAUUUUGGUUACAAUAAUAUACAGCCACAAAUAUUUUCUCUAUACUUUUCAAGUGCCAUUGGACAUAGAUUAGAAUUUCGUGUAUUUUAUCAUUGUUGUAGUACGAUCGUUCAUUAUAAAACAACUGUGAAUGAAUUAGAUGGUGGACCAUUAGUUGAUAUCUUCGCAGGACAAGCAGGAUUAGAACUUGUAAGUUCAUCAGUUUUUCCUACUCCUCAUGCUGAUCCAAGUUCUACAGCAAUGUGGAAUGUUGGUACAUAUAUUAAACCAAUCAAUGGUAGAUGGUAUGUUUUCUAUAGAGAAGGUUUCUAUGCACCUACGCCAGACUUUUGCAAUGGUAUCGUUCCAUUAACACGUAUUGCUGUUCGAAAUUCGACAGAUUUUGGUAAAUCAUGGUCAGAACCUGCUGUUGUUGCACUUCCUGGAAAUUCAACAUUCGAUAAUUGUGCAGCACUUGAUGGAGCUCCUUUUUUCGAUAAUGAAACAAGUUCAUGGCAUUAUCUAGCUCAAUGCAUUGGUAAUAACAGGCGUUGGUCUCUUUGCCAUUAUUCGAGACCUGGAGGUGAUCCUAUGUCAGGUCCUUUUACACCAAAUCCACACAAUCCAGUUGUUCAAGGUGGACAACUCUGGAGUAGAAUUUGUUCUGGCACCGGAAAGCAUUGUACACCGAGUAUGUAUGAUGAAGGUACACCGGAGAUCAUUCAAAAAGUAAAUGGUUGGUUUUAUAUUACAUUUCAUGGUUGGGAUGGACCCAAUAAUAAAGCAGCUCGUGGUAUUGCUCGUACUCGUGAUUUUGUUAAUUACGAUGUUACUGGUUAUGAUCUUCCAAAUGAUGCACUAUUUUCUUCUUUGGAUUGUAAUGGAUGGAAUAUUUCAUGGAAUCCAAAAACUUUAUGUGUUGGAGGUGGUGAAGGAAGUAUGGUCAAGUCAGGUGACUACUAUUAUCAUUUGAUUGAAGCUCCUGAUGGUACAUUGAAUUGUGAUGUGACAUUAGGCGAACAGAAUUGGGUUUUGGGUUUAUUGAGAUCACCUACGUUGAGUGCUCGAUCAGGUGAGUGGGAACAAAUACACUACAAUCCUGCUUUCAAACCUGCUAAAAAAUAUGGUUGCGGUUUACAAUAUCAUAGAAUUUUUCGUGAUGGUGAUGAUUUCUUCUUCUCAAUGUUUGUCAUUGAUUUUGGAGUUAACAAUCUAACAAUGAAAGUAUGGAAAGUGGUACCUGGCAAGACUUCUUUUCCAGUUAUUGUUAGUUAUCCAUAA